AAAUCAACAAUAGUACUUCAGGCACAACGUUUUGUCUGUUAAAAUUUCAAAUUGCUGACUGUUAUUCUUUAGCGAGCAUGCGCAAUGUAAAAAAUGUUUUCAUUGGCUGAUCGAAGACUUAGGCGACAUCUGUCUGUAACAAUAAUUUUCAUUGAAACUUGAAUCAUGAAAACAAAACUUGUUUUUUUGGGAGAAUAUUUCAAAGCGGGAAAGCCAGUAAACAAUAACAUCAUUGCGUUAAUUAUAAAUAAAAUAAGCUAAUUAAAUAAUAGAAAUAAUAUUUCAAUAAUGAGCAAUUAGGAACACUGAAAAUAUGGAAAAGUGUAUUGAAUAUUUUCGCGAGCUUAAAGGCAAAGGCAAAUCUCCAGAUGGUUUUGAUGAAAAUUUAGCUGUUUUAGAACAAGAAGCUCAAAAAAACGGCCUAGAUAAUUUAUGUAUCAAAGUAAUUGCUCAUGUCAUUAGGAGAAAUGAAUUACGAGCCGGCUUAUGUAUUCCUCUGAUAAAAUGUUUAAUUCCAAAACAAAAAAUAGAUAAUAAAGAACUGGAAGCAAUGAUAGUAUACUGGCUGGCAGAUCAUAAACUUUUACCAAUAACUGUCUCAGUACACAUUCUCCAGUGGUUCAUCGGGCUAUGGGAGUACCAGUUAUCAGAUAGAGAGAUAAUAAAUAGUUAUUAUGACUGCUUCUUUUACCAGUUGCUGAAGCGUGAAAAAACUGAAUCUGUGAUUGCAAGGCUGGUUUAUUUAUUAACAAAGCCACAAGACGUGACUCGUAGACAAGUGAGAAGGCUGAUCAAACUCCAAGAACAGUAUCCGAAGGCUCCCAAGCACAUUUCUGCGUUAUUGUCUCUAUUUAAAUCAUACAAGCCUGAAUUAGUCCCUGAGAAAAUUCCCUCGCUGAAUGUCGAGAGCGUCUGGAAGCCGAUACCGGAAGUCCUAAGAGCCGGAUUUGAAGAUGCAAAGAACCGCUGCAGUGGAAUUGAGUCCCGGGUAAUGGAGAUUUUUGACUGGAAUCCGGUAAAAAUGCCUGUUAAAAAUCAAUCUGUACCUCUGCUGCCGUCGAUGAGGUACUUCCAAAUGGGCUCCAGCAUUUACAAAGACCAAGACACGAAAACUUUGUUUGAUAUUAAUAGUUUUCAAGAUAUAGGAAAGUAUCACUUUCAAUUAGAGCUGCCUUCGAAUGCCAUAUCGUUGUUGGCAAACAACGCUGGCUAUCACUGCUUGACAUUUGCGAACUAUGAAUUCCAGAGUAGGUUUUCCUUUAAUUUAUAUUUAGCACUAAGAAGAGCGUUUAUCAUUGAGAACAAUGCGUUUUCGUCUGAACAAAAAGCGCAGUUGCUUGAUAUGACUACUGAGUUUUGUAAAUAUAUGAAGCAAGGUAUUCCCGUGGUUCUAAGAUUCUUCAUGGAGUACGCCGCUUAUGACUCUGGUGAAUUCAGAAGCAAAUUGUUGAAUUUAUUCGAAUGGUCGACGACUAUUUCCGUAACUGAGCUGGAAGAUCUUGCUAAUUAUUUUGACUCGGUAUUUUUGGAGUCUUCUUUGGAGGAAAAGUGCGAGUUGAUUGGAUGCUUUGAACGACUUGCUACUAAUUUAUUUAUCAACCAAAGGUUUGGAAAAGAGAAAUUCAAGCCUUCGCCGUUCUUAGGACAAGUUCCAACAAAUAAAUUAACUGAUCUGAUUCCGGCAAUUCUCAAGACCGUCGACCACUUUAUGACCAACGGUCUGAGCAUUCACAACAACUCUGCGCUGCUUCUCGACAAAGGAAUCGAGUUUUAUGAAACCAUUAACAGAUUAGCGAGUCACUGCGAACCUCCAUGGCUGAUUAUCGCGCCUCCAAGUUUGAUUUACGGAGGAUUUGUGUCCAAGAGUGCUGCAAUCAUAUCGCAGAUCUGUGAUUUACUCAUCAAUUAUCGUAAGAUAUAUAGUCAAAUUAAUGACUCAAGAGUGAGAGAAAUUUACGAAGCCGAGGUAAAGGCUUUGAAAAUUUAUACCUCUGAUUUGGGCAACGCCUUGUGGAAUGAUCAGAUAUUUUCUAUAAGGCACGAAGGGCAAUUUUUAAGGUCACUGCCAAAUAAAAUGAUUAUCAAUUUACCAAAAAACAAAGAAUAUUCAUUAAAUAUCAGCAAUCAUAUCGCUUUUUUGCCGUACAGAUCAACGUUAAUUAAUAGUAACUUUGCUAUUGGACCAAAAGAUCUAGCGUUGUGUCUCGCUGAAAAUUAUUUGCCGGCAAUUAGUAAUUUUAUACGAUCAUUAGAUGAUUAUGAGAGUGAAAAUGAAACGUAAAUAAAUUAAAAAAAUUAUAGACGAAAUAAAUGAAAUAAUUAAAUAUUUUGUAUACGAAAAAAAAGUAGAGUUGAAAUUAAUCAGAGUUAAAUUUUUUAUUACCUCCAAUUUACAUACAAAUUUUAUUAUUUCAUUUACAUCUCACAGCAGUCUUCUUGCACAUAAAGAACUAUGUGUUAUAUAUUAAUAUAUGUUGACAGAAAUAAUGACUGGCUGAUCUUUCUCAGGCACCGUUAAUUUAAUAAUCAUUAAAUAUAUUUAUUAUUAUUAUUAUUAAUAUUAAUUAUCUCUAAACUAAUGUUAAUUUAUUUUAUUCGCGAAUAAUCUGAGUGAUCAGACCAGAAUGUCAAUUUAAAUGUGUAUGUCACAAUCUACGUCUAUAAAUGUACUUUUCUACUCUUAAAAUUAUUUAAUGCGCCCUUACUCAUUAUUUAGUGCAAUUGCUUCGUCAAAACUUAUUGUUUUAACAUUAGUAUUGUUAUAAUAAUAAUUAAUCAAUUAUUAUUAUUAUCGUAAAUCAUCACCUCAAAAUAAGAGUGAGACACGUGACUAUACGUAUUAGUUUUAUUUAUAAUUUAUUACCGCAUUACGAUUUAUUGUUUUGAAUUCAUCGCUAUGCGGUCGCUGUAUUUAAUAUUUAUCAAUUUUUUUAAUUAAAAAACGAAAGUACAUUUAAUACAAUUCCCUAACUUUUAUUGUUUUUUAUUUGUAAAAUAAGAUUUAAAAAAUAAAAUUUAUUGUUUAGUAUAUCAA